AUGCCAUCCGCUCUUUGGGCCGCAACCACUGCCGCCGCCCUCACCGCCGUGAAGGCCGCCACCCUCAAUGACGUGUGUACCACUUCGUACGCUCAGUCCGCGCUUCCGGCCGACGAUGUCUACCCAGGCAUCACCAUCGACAAGACUUCGGUCCAGACGGCCAUGACCACCAAUUCAUCCGUCAGCUCUGACUGGUAUCCCUCCAGCGUCAUAGACUACUGCAACGUUACUUUCGCCUACUCCCACAAUGGAAUUUCCAAUGACAAGGUCCAUGUCUCGUACCUUGUUCCUGCUCCGGAUAAGUUUCAGAACCGUUACCUCUCGACCGGCGGUGGCGGUCUGGCCAUCAAUUCGCAGUCCCAGUACAGCCCUUCCGGCAUCAUCGUCGGAGCCGUUUCCGGAAUCACCGACGGUGGGUUCGGCUCGUUUUCCACCAGUUGGGACGACGUUUUCCUUCUGGCCAAUGGCACCAUAAACUGGCAGUCGGUCUACAUGUUCGGUUACCAAGCCCACCACGAACUGGCCACGCUAGGCAAACAGUUCGCUCGCAACUUCUUCAAAGUCCCCUCGAGCGAGAAGCUCUACUCUUACUACCAAGGCUGCUCCGAGGGCGGCCGUGAGGGAUGGUCGCAGGUCCAACGCUUCGCCGACCAGUUCGACGGUGCUGCUAUCGGCGCCCCCGCCUUCCGCUAUGGCCAGCAGCAAGUGAACCACCUCACUUCAAACGUAAUCGAGCAGACGCUGGGCUACUACCCGCCGCCUUGCGAGCUGGAGAAGAUCAUGAACCUGACCAUCGCCGCCUGCGACAAGCUGGACGGUAAGACGGACGGCGUCGUAUCCCGGUCCGACCUCUGCAAGCUGCGCUUCGACCUCAACAGCACCAUUGGCACGCCAUACUCCUGCGCCGCUACCUCAGGCUCAAGCUGGGGCUUCGGGAAUCUCGAGGCCAGGGACUUGGAGCGGCGUCAGAUGCCAUCCGCCGCCGAGCCGGCGCAGAACGGCACCGUCACGGCCCAAGGUGUCGCCGUUGCCGCAGCCAUCAUCGACGGCCUGCACGACUCUGCUGGCCGCCGGGCCUACAUCUCGUACCAGCCGGGUGCCAGCUUUGAGGACGCUACGACCGCGUACGACUCGACGACCAACACCUGGGGCCUCAGCAUUAGCUCGCUGGGUGGCGAGUGGGUCGGGCGGUUCCUCGAGUUGCAGGAGGUGUCCACCCUGUCCUCGCUCGACAACGUGACAUACGACACGCUUGUCUCCUGGAUGAAGUUUGGCCAGGCCAAGUACGGCGACUCGCUGCAGACGACCUUCCCCGACCUGUCGCCGUUCCAGGCCGCCGGCGGCAAGGUUAUCCAUGUGCAUGGUGAGCAGGAUGACUCGAUCCCGACCGGGUCGUCGGUCCAUUACUACGAGUCUGUCCGCGGCGUCAUGUUCCCAGAGCUGCCGUACAACGAGAGCGUUGCGAAGCUGGACGAAUUCUACCGCCUGUAUCUGGUGCCCGGUGCGGCGCACUGCGGCGCGAAUACCAACCAGCCCAAUGGCGGAUGGCCGCAGACGACGUUGCAGACCGUCAUUGAGUGGGUUGAGAAGGACGCGGCGCCCGCCACCCUGAAGGGUUCGGUGGGAAUCGAUGAGAUUUGCCGCUGGCCACUGCGUCCGCUGUGGUCGGGCAACGGCACCGCAUUCGACUGUGUUUACGAUCAGGAGUCGAUCGACACGUGGAAGUAUGAAUUUGAUGCGUACAAGAUGCCGCUGUAUUAG